UGGCCUCGUUAUAUGCAUGCUGUCUUAUUCGCAAUACGAGUGACGGUUUCACGUGCGACGGGUUUUUCACCAUACUACCUUUUAUACGGUACGCACCCAGUUUUUUCUUUCGAUCUGACAGAGGUUACUUGGCAGACUCUGGAUUGGCAUAUGGUUCGGACUCACGAUGAGCUCAUUGCGUUACGAGCUUUGCAACUUGUGCGCAAGGAUUCCAAGCUCAAAGAGGCAAAUGAAAAACUGCGAGAGAGUCGUCGUCGUGCCAUUGAGGACAUGGCUAAACGAGUUGGAUUCCAGUGGGACUUCAAGGAUUACGAGGUUGGUAUGUAUGUGUGGUUGCGCGAGUCCGCUAUCGACGAAAUCAAGGGUGGUAAAGGGAUGUGGACAUACUCUGGACCUUAUAUUAUCCACGAGAAACGCGACCACAAUGCUUUUGUACUUAAGGAACUCAGCGGUGCGAUU